UUGCAUGAACAAGGCAGAGGAAUUUAACAAGCAUACAGAAUAGACAUGUGCCGACGUACGGACAGAGACAGAUUCUUGGACUUGGAUUCAUUUGGAGACAUGACAGAUAUGCUGAUUAUCUCCAUCAUUAUUGACCGCAAACAAAGUAUUUUCUGUUGUCCAAAUUCUUCUAUGUAUAAAAUCUAAAAGUUACUCUUUUUCUGCAACCCAACCCAAGACACCAUUCAUUUCCUUCACAAAUAUCCCUACUUUCAAGUUUUGUCACAGAAUCUGGUUUCUGUCUUGAAAUUCAAAAUGGAGGUGAUGAGCCCAAAAUCCAGUCUUGAAUUUGAUGAUGGUGGUGCUUAUGUUGAUGAUGACGUAUUUUUUGCCGAUAUCACACGGCAGAUUUUGAUCUUGACCGCAGACGAUGAAGAUUUUCCUAAGCCCAAAACUACAAGCUCAUUUAGUACUAAUGUCACCAAACGUAGCUUUGAUAUCCCAGCUCCUGAUUCAUCAUCACUUGGGUAUAUCAGUUGGUUGGGAAAUAAGAACACUGAUUGCUCAGUUCCAGCUUCGCUUUCAAAACAGUGGGAAAACAGCAAUGGGACUGGAGUUUUUAUCCCACAGGCUGUAAAUCCAAGAAGCAAUUACAAGCCAACAGGAAGGAUGAAUAACAACACAAGAAUUUACAAGCGGGUGCAGAGCAAGCAGUGAUGAAAACAAGUUUUGACCUUUUCAUGGAUCCAAAAACCUCAGAUAGAUGCUGUCUCACCCACAACGUUUCUACUAACAAUUCAAAAAUAAACGG